AAUGUAAGAACAAAUCAAAUAACUUACAUUUAAAUUAAAAUGAAACAUUUUUAUUGCAUCAAUUUUGAAUUUGUAAACGCGUUGUUGCGACAGACAGGCGACCUGUCCAGGGUGACCCCCGCCUCUCGCCCUGACCGUUCGCUGGAGAUAGACACCAGCAGGCCUCGAAGGGGGCACAGAAAAUGGAUGGAUGGAUAAAACGCCUUGUAUUCAUUUUUGGUUGCUAAGGCUCCCUGGAGGGCGUUCCUGGCCAGUCAAACCCCGCCCACACUUCCAGCUCUCCGGGGCUGCCGCUUCUGGUCAACCGCUGGGCUUUUCUGCCGGUUUCCUCCCGAACCGGACCUCCUCCUCGGCCCAACAUGUAGGAGUCGUCUGGACGUGCAGGGAAGCGUGAACGGUCCUCUUCCCCACCGGCUGGUUGAAGGGACGCGAGAGUUCGGGAGAGCAGCAGGUGUCCGUCCUGUUCGGCAGCUGCAGAUCUGAAAACAAAAUCCACUGACCCCAUGCUCUCACUUUUGAGGGGUUAAGGUAACGAUCAGAAGUCAUGUCGGCUGACAUUCUGCAGGGGUUCAGCACCUUGACGCCGAGCGUCAAGCAACUCAGCCGACUCCUUCGCCUCUCUGUCCUCCUCCCUUCCUCCCUGCCAUCACCUUGCCCCACCGUUGCUGCCUCCCAGGUCCCCGCUCUGUUCCGAGAGCCCUACAUCCUGUCGGGCUACCGCCCCAUCCAGCAAGACUGGCGCUGCUACCUCCUGAGCCUCUUCCAGCGUCACAAUGAAACCCUGAAUGUGUGGACUCACUUGCUCGCAGCUCCAGCACUGCUGCUUCUCUGGUGGGCCAACGUGGGCGCCCUGGGGUACACCUUGGAUGCAGCCUCCCUGCCUCUCGCCCUCUUCAUGGUGUCUUCUCUCACGUAUCUGUGCCUCAGCGUGGCAGCUCACCUCCUGCAGUCUCAUUCCGAGCGUGCUCACUACUACUUCUUCUUUUUGGACUACGUGGGUGUGGCGGUGUACCAGUACGGCUGCUCACUCGGCCAUUACUUCUACUCCUCUGAGCCAGCGUGGAGAGACAGCAUUGGGUUGAUGUUUCUGCCCGGUGCUGCCUUCUUUGGGUGGCUCUCCUGCGCCGGCUGCUGUUUUGCGAAGGCCAGGUACAGGCGGCCGUAUCCGCUGCAGCGUAAAAUCUGGCAGCUGAUCCCCACCAGCCUCGCCUACGCGCUAGAUAUUAGCCCCAUAGCCCACCGUCUGCUCACCGUCCCCUGGUCACAGGAGACCUCCCUCCCCUUUCACGCCCUGCAGAUUGGCUCAUUCAUUUUGGCUGCCUUCUUCUUCUCCUGUCCAAUUCCGGAGCGUUUCUUCCCCGGCCGCUGUGACUUUGUGGGCCAGGGUCAUCAGGUGUUCCACCUGUUCCUGUCCCUGUGCACCGUGUUCCAGCUGGAGGCUUUGUUUCUGGACUACGCCAGGCGACGGGACGCAGUGCUGGAUGUGUUUGGAGAACGGCAGCUGUGGUGGGCUUGUGUGUCCUUCCCCUGUCUCUUCAUGUGUUGCGUCCUCACAGCUCUUACAGCCAUGAGGCACACGAGCAAAAUACUUCAACAUGUAGAGAAGAAAAAGUGACCUUUUUUUUUUUUUUGCGUGUGCAGAAAGAGGGCUGGGCUCAGUGAUUUGUAAUAGUAUUCAAUCAGAUGCGACUUUUAAUUUAUGUAUUUAACAGCCUGUGCCUCUGAAGAGUGUGAUUACUUUUAAUAUCUAAACAAUAAAGCCAGCUUUAACGGAA